AUGAAGUUGGCUCUUUUUUUCGUGGUUAUCCUACCUCUGGCAAUGUCAGCUCCCCAGAAAAAGGCAUUAAACCCAUUUCUGAACAGUAUUUUGAACGUUUUCCACGCUGAUGAGCUCAAACUCCUGGUCACAGAUUUAGUACAACAGCUCGGUUCCAACGAGAGGGAAGCAGAAUGUGAGAAGGAAUGUAACACGCUUGUUGACACACAAUUGUCUACUGGAUCUAUCAACACCAUUUCUCACAGCGCUUGUCCUGUUGCCUGUCAUUCGCUACAGGAACUCAUCCACUUUUUCAAUAUCCCGACAUCUCCACCAGCUACUGCUGCUUAA